AUGCGUGUCUCUCGCUCAAUAGCUGUCGCCGCUUUGGCCACUUCCGCCUCGGCCCUUGUUGCUCCGCGUGUUCCCCGUGAUGUCGGCGCCGAUGUCAGCGUACGCGUUAGCCGUGACAACGAGAAGCCCUUUAUCCUCCAGUCGCGGACCAAGGACGGUGGUGGCUACAAUGGCUACUACGUCUAUGCCUACCACACUGGCGCCGGCCUCAACGACGCGAUGCUGGACACGCAGGAGUCGGUUGCCAACCAAGGCACCGCCUUCACGGGCGACAUUAGCGGCUGGAGCCCGUUCUUUGCUGUCCUCUUCGAGCUCGGCGGCUCGCCCUACGAGUUGAUGCCGUCAACAGAACCCACCCAAUACCUGGGCCUCCUGCCCGUGCGCAUCAAUGCCAACGGCGGCCCCCCGUCCGAAACCAACGCCUUUUACUUUGAAGGCGACACCUUACAGUGGACGAGCUCGGCCAAGAGCAACCCGCCCGGUGGCUUUGCCGGCUGGCUCGCCUGUCAAUCGGAGCAUGGCUCUCUCGAGGACCCGAGCACCCCGGGCGUCCAACUGUUCUACCGCACCAAGCCUGGAUCGCCACCAGACGGAUGCAAUGACAUUGACCUGGUGGCCAUCUACUAA